AUGAGAUACUUGAAGCUCUGGUACAGCAGUGCCUGUGCUUCGGAGGACUACCGAGACUUAACACAACACGGAGCAAUUAAAGGUCCAGUACCUACAAUGAGGACGGCACCACUGAAACGGCGCCCGCCGCAUCUCUCCCAAUCCCGGACGAUUUUAGAACCAACCAUGCAGCCAAUGUACAGCCCAUAUACAGCGCACUCAAGAUCAAGUCCCGGAUGCCACCUCGAAAAUCAAUAUUGCUAG